AUGAAUUUACCAUUGGAAACUGUCUAUGUAGAGUUAAAAUUUGAUCCAACAAAUCCAUCAAUUACAGCAAUGAAAAUGUUGGAAAUUGCUGAACAAUUUAGGCGUAAACUUUAUUCGCUUAGCUUUUUUAAUAAGCAUGAACGGCAACAACUAAACAGAGCUAUUCUAGAAAAGAAUGCCUUCAGUGCCCAAAUGUACUGUAGAGACUUUAUGAUUGAUCAAUGGUUACAUGUCUUGUUAAACAACAAAAAUAUUUUUACUGCUAAUGAUGCAAAUGCUGUUAAAACUAAGGUGAAUCGAUUAAAGCAAAGUAUUUUGGAACAAAGUAAUUUUAAAGAAGCAAGACCAUAUCAAAUUCAACAAGCAUAUAAUGAGUUUAAACAUUUCAUAGUUUUAGGUCAUCCUGGUUCAGGGAAAACUACACUAUCGAAAUGGUUGAUCAUCAAUAUGGCUAAACAAUGUUUAGGUGAGAAGAAUAUGUUAUUCGAUCAUAUUUAUUCUAAGAAAGAGAAAUUACCAAUUCUUAUUCCUAUAUGGAAAUACGUUGAUAAAGUAAAAGAAAAUGAUGGUGAAAACAAAUUUACUUUACUUCAAUUUAUUUAUGAAAAUCCUACUUUUGACUCAACAUUUUUCAAUGAUGAAGAACGAAUAGAAUUAUCAUUUUCGAUAAAAGAAUUAUUAAUUGAAGGAAAUGUUUUAGUUAUAUUCGAAGGUCUCGAUGAAGUUCCUGUUCAUAUAGAUCGAUCUGAUUUAAUAAAAGAAAUAAAUGCAUUAUUAGAACGAGAAAUAGAUUAUGAUGUAAUACAUGAUAAACUUACUUAUUCUGUUUAUGAACAGAAAGAAAUACAUAAUACCAGAGAUCCAACAAUCGGAAAUCGAUUUAUCAUAACAAGUCGUAUUGAAGGAAGUUAUUUUGAAGAUGUCAAUUUUUUUAUUCGAAGAUUAACCAUUGAAGAUAUGUCUAACGAUGCUCUUAAAUUAUUUUGUAAUUCAUAUAUGAAAUGUAUUAAUGAUAUUUCACUUAAAGCUGGAAGAAUUGUCAAAGAAAGUAAUAAUGAUCAAUUAUAUAAUGAAAUAAUCAAAAACAAAGAUAUUUUUCAUUUGGCUAUUAAUCCACAAUUAGCUAGUGUGAUUGCUGCAGUUUAUAAUCAAUGCGAAGGUCAAUUACCAGAGAAAAGAAUUGAUUUAUAUGAAACAGCUAUCGAAAAAAUGAUAGAACGAUUAAUAAUAUUUUAUAUUGAUUUUCCAACAGAUUAUCUUGAUCAAGAACAUGGAUUGAAUACAACUAUGCUUUGGUCAAUCUUACAAGAAAUAGCUGAAUAUCUUCAUAGCAGAGUUGAAGCGUUAUCAGAGAAGAUGUUAAAAGAAAUAAUAAGAAAAUGUUUAUUAGAUUGUCAAAAACAAUCAUCAAAAUUUUUAGAAACAAAGGUUGAAGAAUUAAUCUCAAAACUUGUGGAUAUUUUUAAAUAUCAUUCAGGUGUGCUCAAUGAAUUUGGUCAUAAUAGUUUUCGAUUUA